GACUCCUCCCCUCGGCUGCAUAGAGGCUCGGCCUGCAAUUCUGCUCGCCGCUCGGCCCAGACCCGGCGCAGCGCCAGUAUCUCCCCAACGCUGCCACCCACGCAUAUCCUCGCCCCAACCCCAGCCCAGGGACUUUUCCCCACCCCAUCUUCCACGCACCCAUCCUACUCCCCCACCCCACCUCCACCCCCAAGAGACCCCAGAGACAGAGCUGGAGCUGCAGCUGCAUCCCGGCCCAGGCCCCACCCGGACUGGACAAUUGGACUCACGGACUCCGGGACGGAUAGGGCUCCGGAGCCCCUCUUCACCCGGCUCGGCAUUCCAGCCCUGUGCUACCCCUUCCCUAGACCCCCUGUCCCUCCUUCAGAUAACACUUCUAUCCACCCCUAGACAUCCCCGCCGCCAUCCUUUCCUUCCCCCCUCUCCCAGCCCAGACCUGGGUGGGAGGGAGGGGGGUGUGCUCCCAGAGCCGUUCCCGCCCCGCCCCCCGUGAUUCCCUCUGCAUGGCCGGCCCGGGUGGGGGGUCUGGGGGGGCCCCGGAGCCAUGCGGGAGGAUCACCGGGGGGGUCGUUGUGCCUGUCCCCACGUGAUCCGCAAAGUGUUGGCAAAAUGCGGCUGCUGUUUCUCCCGGGGGGGUCGCGAGUCCUAUUCCAUUGCUGGCAGUGAAGGCAGUGUCUCUGCUUCUGUUGCCUCUGUCCUGGUCCCCACUUCUGUCCCUAGCUCUGGACUCAGUUCUGGUCCCUGCUCCCCUGGACCCCCAGGGCCUGUCAGUGGCUUGAGGCGGUGGUUGGACCACUCUAGACACUGCCUCAGUGUGGAAACCGAGACAGACAGUGACCAGGCAGGAUCAUGUCAGGGAUGGAUUCGGGAGUCAACUCUAGCCUCAGGGGAGGAACUACCAGAACUGACCUUACUGACCACUUUAUUGGAGGGACCUGGAGACAGGACCCAGGAAAGUACAAGUUCCCAGCCCACCGAGGACACUCCCACUCAGUCUACAGAAAGUGAGGAAGAAAAAAGGAAGAGGGCUUUGGACAGGAGUAUGUAUGUCCUGAGUGAACUGGUGGAAACAGAGAAAAUGUACGUGGAAGACUUGGGGCAGAUUGUGGAGGGCUACAUGGCAACUAUGACAGCCCAGGGCAUCCCUGAAAAUCUUCGAGGUCGGGACAGGAUUGUGUUUGGGAAUAUCCAACAAAUCUAUGAAUGGCACAGAGAUUACUUCCUUCAAGAACUACAGAAAUGUCUUCAGGAUCCUGAUUGGCUGGCCCAGCUCUUCAUUAAGCAUGAGAGGAGGCUACACAUGUAUGUUAUUUACUGCCAGAACAAACCCAAGUCUGAACACAUCAUGUCUGAAUUUGGAGAUAGCUACUUUGAGGAGCUCCGUCAGCAGCUUGGUCACCGUCUUCAGCUUAAUGACCUUCUCAUCAAACCUGUACAGAGAAUCAUGCAAUACCAGCUGCUCCUCAAGGAUUUUCUCAAAUAUUAUAGCAAAGCCAAGAAGAAUACUGAAGAGCUUGAGCGUGCAGUAGAGGUCAUGUGCUUUGUGCCCAAACGCUGCAAUGACAUGAUGAGUCUGGGGCGACUUCGAGGCUUUGAGGGCAAGCUGACCACCCAGGGGAAGCUCCUGGGUCAGGACACAUUUUGGGUUACUGAACCAGAAGCAGGGGGGCUGCUCCCUGCCCGGGGUCGAGAGAGACGAGUCUUCCUCUUUGAACAAAUCAUCAUCUUCAGCGAGGCCCUAGGGGGAGGGGUUAGGGGUGGGGCACAACCUGGAUACAUCUAUAAGAACAGCAUCAAGGUCAGCUGUCUGGGUCUAGAGAAGAACACUCAGGGGGAUCCAUGCCGGUUCACCUUGACUUCAAGAGGGCCAGAGGGUGGUGUCCAGCGCUACAUUCUACAGGCUGCAGAUCCAACAAUCAGUGAGGCCUGGACUCAGCAUGUAGCCCAGAUCCUGGAAAGUCAGAGGAACUUCCUCAAUGCACUGCAGUCACCAAUUGAAUACCAGCGACGGGAAAGCCAGACUAACAGCUUGGGAAGGAUAGGAGGGUCUGUGGGGGGAAGCCCUGGACGAUCCCGGCUUGGGGACCGAGCUCCAGUCAGCAUACAUACACCCAUCAAUGGCUCCCUCCCUUCCCUGUUGCUGCCCCCCGUGAGGGUGACUGAAUGCCCCCUGCCUCAGAAUGAACAGGCCCCUCCUGCACCUGAAGAGCCUAUCUGCCAGGCCCGGCUGGCCAAGCUGGAUGAAGAUGAGCUAUGACUGGUGACCUCCUCACCUUUGGGGCGUGGGUAACUUGCCAUUGGGUUUGUGAUGGAUGAGGCCCCUCUCCUGAGCAAUGUCUGAACUAAUUUUUCCCCUCAUUCUUCAACUAAAUGGAAAGGGCUGGGCUGGGGGUGGGUGGAAUUGAUGGGAAUGGUAUCAAGUUUAAGAAAGAUUUCUAGUACAUAAAGAUUGCUUCUCUGCUGUGGGGAUACAGAUUCCCUCCACUUUCCUCCAUCUGUACUGUAUCACUCAAGCCCCAAGAAAGGAAGAAGUAUGGGUGGGUGGAUAAGGGGGCUAGGGAUAGAAUGUAUUGAUUUAUUUUGAUUUGUCUGUUUCCUGAAAAUAAAGGUUUUGCUCUAUCAUUGAGGAUGGAAGGAAUGGGGAAAAGGUA